GCUUAACACGAUUGGGAACUUCAGAAGCUAAUGUUCCACAAGAUAUACAGUUAUCUGGUUCCCACAUUCUCAAGGAACAUUGCACCUUUGAAAAUCGUUCAGAUAUUGUCAGUUUAAUACCGCAUAAAGAUGCACUUGUUUAUUUGAAUGGACGAAAACUAGUCGAACCAGAAAUUUUAACAACUGGAUCUCGUGUUAUACUUGGGAAAAAUCAUGUGUUCCGAUUUACACACCCUGAACAAGCUCGUGAAAUUCGUGGAAAAACCGUAAAUGAAAUACCAGAAUGUGGAAAUGAAACUGUAGAUUGGAAUUUUGCUCAUUGUGAAUUGCUAGAAAAACAAGGAAUUGAUCUUAAAGCUGAAAUGCAGAAACGUUUAAUGGCGCUAGAGGAACAAUUCAAAAGAGAAAAACUACAAGCAGACCAAGAAUUUGAGGAGCAAAGAAAGACUUAUGAGGCACGAAUUGACGCACUACAAAAGCAAGUGGAAGAACAAUCAAUGACGAUGUCUAUGUAUAGUAGCUAUAGCCCAGAAGAUUUUCAUCAAGAAGAAGACAUUUUCGUAAAUCCUUUAUUUGAAUCGUGCUGGACAGCACGAGAUGCCAGUUUAGCUGCAUGGGCUUUCCGUAAAUGGAGAUAUCAUCAAUUUACAUCUUUACGUGACGAUUUGUGGGGAAAUGCAAUAUUUUUAAAGGAAGCAAAUGCAAUAUCUGUGGAGUUAAAGAAGCGGGUUCAAUUCCAAUUCACUUUGUUGACAGAAACCCUCUACUCACCACUUCCCCCUGACCUGACUGGAGUACUCUCCUCAGUGGAUUUUGAUUGUAACGAAUUGGCUUCAUCUCAAAAAACAUCUGUUGCAGUAGAGGUCACUGACACCAAAAAUGGAGCCACACAUUAUUGGUCACUAGAAAAACUAAGGCAACGACUUGAAUUGAUGCGUGAAAUGUACCAUAAUGAAGCCGAACUCAGUCCAACAUCUCCUGAUUACAACGUUGAAAGUUUGACAGGCGGUGAUCCAUUUUAUGACCGCUUCCCAUGGUUCCGGAUGGUUGGUCGAUCAUUUGUAUAUUUGAGCAAUUUAUUGUAUCCUGUGCCUCUUGUACACAAAGUGGCCAUUGUUAAUGAGCGGGGAGAUGUUCGAGGAUAUCUUCGAGUUGCUGUUCAACCGGUUAUGGAUGAAGAAAGCAUCGAUUUCAAUAAUGGUGUGAAACAGUCUGCAAAAAUCGUUUUCGAUGACGAUCCAAAGCCGCAAAAAUAUCGAAUAAGUGAAAGAUACGAUAGAUCUAUUCCCGAUAAAUUUGAAGGUAAUUUUGAACAGA